CCGAUUUUCACUUACGUUUCAGUUCCAAAGCGGUGCAGUUAUCGGAGCAGCGGAAAGUCCUGARCGACAGCAGCAACAGCAGCAGCAGUGGAAGCAGCUAGCGACGUUCUUGAAAUUUCAUAAAAAACUUGCUAAAAUCUGACAAUUAAGCAGAGUCUGCAAAGACAAAAUUAAAUCAAAUUUCUAUCAAUUUAUUCGUUUGAAAAGAAGGCAAAUAAAUCACAGCACAAUGAUGACAAACCGAAUUGCGUUCGCUGCCUUGGCGUUGAUGAGCAUCUGCCUGCUGGCCAUCUCGCGAACCGAUGCAGCCCCCAUGCCCAGGUAUCAAAGCUCGAACGGCGGCUAUGGCGGCUACAACGAACUCGAGGAGGUGCCCGACGACCUCUUGAUGGAGUUGAUGACGCGCUUCGGUCGCACCAUAAUACGAGCACGCAACGAUCUGGAGAACUCGAAGCGCACGGUGGACUUUGGCUUGGCGCGCGGCUACUCGGGCACCCAGGAGGCAAAGCAUCGCAUGGGCCUGGCCGCGGCCAAUUUUCCGGGUGGUCCUGGCCGGAGGCGACGAUCUGAAACCGAUGCUUAAAUUGGGGCAACAACUACACGAUAAUCACGAUAAUCUCUUACUUCAAGCGAAUUCUACAAACACGUUACAGGAAGUUACAAAAGCAAACUACAAUUUCCAUUGACUUUAUGCAAAUGUUGAAUUUUUAGUCGUGUUCCGAUUCGAUUCGAUUA